CUCGAGGAUGCGGCGGUUUCCAAUCGACGUGAAGGGGAAGGCGUUAUAUUUCAGGCAAAGGGGGUAGGGACAGCGCCUUGUAAGUAUAUACCUACCCCGGCAUCGCACCGAUACCCCCUUCCUGCUCUCUGUCAAGGUUCGCACGACAUCUCACCCCCCUUCAGGGUGAGAUGAGUUCCGCCCUCGCGCGACAAGCAAACCCCACUGGCACCCUGUCUCGACGAGCCGACCCCCCUCCCCGAUUCUGGGCGGCCUCUCAUCCGCCCUCAGCGCACCCCACGACGAGUUAGCAGGACCCCUCCCCCUCACACCAACCGCACACCCCCGCGGGAUAUGAGCGCGCACCUGUGGCGCGUCUACCCCCACGAGACAGGCCCCCUCCUCGCCGAAAUUCGACACCCCUCCCGCUCAGAGACGAGGGGCCGAGUCAGUCAGUCUCUUCUUCAGUUGGGCGCACGCCAGAUAGACCCCUCCCCCUCUGACUCGCCGCACGUCGCUCCCCCCGCCCCCUUCUCUCGCCCGUUCGGGAAGCCCCCACCCAUCGACUCGCCCGCGCUCUGCCCAUCUCAUCGCGCACCCAAUCCUAGUCCCCUAGUCGCCCCUCGCCCCUCCCCUCCUCGACUCAGCAGCCCCCCUUCGCUUCUAAUACCCCCCACCGCCGAGCCCGCGCGCGAGCAAGAGUAAAUGCGCACCUUUCCAGUCGCGAAUACCUGCGCGGGACCCCCUCCUCUCGCCCAAAAUUGAGGGCGGCGUUGAUUUCGAGGGCGCGCGCUCGAGUCCACGGACACCAGGUCAAAAAAGACUUCCUUCCCGAGGGAAACACCCCUCCCUCUGCUCCCCCCACCCUUCCCCGAAGGCGCCGUCCAAGGGGGCCUCUCCAUUUCCCCCACCCUCCCUCGCGAAAGCGCCGUCGAAGGGGGCCUCUCCAUCUCCCCCACCCCCUUCGCUGCUAUCCUUCUCGGCGUGCCCUUCGCUCAAAAGGGGGUAUGUCCGCAUGCCGAACCUUGAAUCUCUUGACGAAGCACAUCUUGGCCGAUGUG